GGCGGCGGGGCCGCGGGGACCGGCGCGGGGGCCGCCGGCGGAGGCAGCUUCAUGUUUCCUGUUGCAGGUGGAAUAAGACCCCCUCAAGGCCUGAUGCCAAUGCAGCAACAAGGAUUUCCUAUGGUCUCUGUCAUGCAGCCUGGUAUGCAAGGCAUGAUGGGAAUGAAUUACAGCUCUCAAAUGUCCCAAGGACCCAUUGCAAUGCAGGCAGGGAUACCAAUGGGACCAAUGCCAGCAGCAGGAAUGCCUUACCUGGGACAAGCACCAUUUCUGGGCAUGCGUCCUCCAGGCCCACAAUACACUCCUGACAUGCAAAAGCAGUUUGCUGAAGAGCAACAAAAACGAUUCGAACAGCAACAGAAACUCUUAGAAGAAGAAAGAAAAAGACGCCAAUUUGAAGAGCAAAAGCAAAAGCUCAGACUUCUGAGUAGUGUGAAACCCAAGACAGGAGAGAAGAGUAGAGAUGAUGCUUUGGAAGCCAUCAAAGGAAACCUAGAUGGGUUUUCCAGAGAUGCUAAGAUGCACCCUACUCCAGCAUCACACCCUAAGAAACCAGAUUGUCCCACAUCAUCUCAUUCUACUAAAACUGUCUCCCCAUCACCUGCCUUUCUUGAUGAAGAGGAAUUCAGUGACUUUAUGCAGGGGCCUAUUGAGGUGCCCACUUGUGGGCCUUCUUCCACAGCCCAGCCCUUUCAGUCUUUCCUUCCCACCACCCCACUUGGCCAGUUGCAUACUCAGAAGGCUGGGGCACAGCCUCACCCUCCAGGUCAGAUUCCAGUGUCUUUGGUCUUACAUGGUGGUAUCCCUGGGCAAAUUCCUUAUUCCUCUACCUCUUCAGCUUCAUCCAAUUUGCAGAAAGCAGGCCCUUCAUUGGAAGAGAAGCUCCUAGUGUCUUGUGACUUAAGUACAUCUGGGCAGGAACAAAUUAAACUAAAUGCUUCUGAAGCUGGGCAAAAAACCAUAGUCCCAGGCUCCAGUAAGAACCAUCCCAGUUUAACAACCAGUAACGGGGGUGCUGUAGAUGGAUGUAUAAGUGCUACCACCAUUGCAGAGGCAGAAAAGACUUCAGACCAAAACGUGUCAAUUGAAGACAGUGGUGUGGGAGUCUUUCCCUCACAGGAUCCUGUUCAGCCCAGAAUGCCACCUUGGAUUUACAGUGAGAGUUUGGUCCCAGAUGCUUAUAAGAAAAUUUUAGAAACCACAGUGACUCCAACUGGAAUAGAUACCGCUAAGCUUUAUCCCAUUCUGAUGUCAUCUGGACUUCCCAGGGAAACUCUUGGACAGAUCUGGGCCUUAGCUAACCGAACUACUCCUGGCAAACUUACGAAAGAAGAACUGUAUACCGUGCUGGCCAUGAUAGCCCUCACACAGAGGGGAGUUCCUGCUGUGAGUCCCGAUGCUUUGAAUCAGUUCCCAACUGCUCCUGUUCCAACCCUAAGUGGCUUUUCUAUGACUUUGCCUACCCCGGUGAGUCAGCCAACUGUGAUCUCCUCAGGCCCUGCAGGCUCCAUGCCCCUCAGCCUUGGACAGCCAGUGAUGGGCAUUAACCUUGUUGGACCAGUUGGUGGCGCUGCAGCCCCAGCUCCUAGUGGCUUCAUGCCAUCUCACCCAGCAAACCAGGUGGGCAAGCCAGAAGAAGAUGACUUCCAGGAUUUUCAAGAUGCGUCUAAGUCAGGAUCCCUUGAUGACUCAUUCACUGACUUCCAAGAGGUGCCUACUUCCUCAAAAGCAAAUAAUUCCCAACAUGGAAACAGUACUCCAUCUUUGUUGAUACCGCUUCCUGGAACUAAAGCACUGGCCCCAGCGGAUAAGUAUGCAGUGUUCAAAGGAAUUUCAGCUGACAAGUCCUCUGAAAAUACUACUCCAUUUGGAGAGUCUGGUGAUAAAUAUAGUGCUUUCAGAGAGCUUGAACAGACAGCAGAAAGUAAGUCUCUAGGAGAGAGCUUUGCAGAAUUCAGAUCUGCAGGAACUGAUGAUGGGUUCGCGGAUUUUAAAACAGCCGAUAGUGUAUCCCCAGUAGAGCCACCAGCAAAAGAUACUUUUCCAGCAUCCUUCCCCUCAGGAACUGUACAGCAGAAACAACAGACACAAGUGAAAACUCCUCUGAACUUAGCAGACCUGGAUAUGUUUUCCUCAGUGACUUGCAGCAGCGAGAAACCGCUGCCUUUCCCCGCUGCAUUUAGUGCAUCAAAGGCAGUUUCCGCGCGGGCUCCGCCAGGCUCUGCGGCAGCCAUGGCAGCACUGGCAUCCACUAAGACCUCUAGCUUGCCUGAUGACUUUGGAGAAUUCAGCCUUUUUGGAGAAUAUUCUAGUCCUGCAUCUGUUGGAGAGCAGGAUGACUUUGCGGAUUUUAUGGCUUUCAGCAAUAGCUCCAUUUCAUCUGAGCCAAAAGCAGAUGACAAAUAUGAGGUCCUUAGAGAGGACAGUAUUCCCAGUCCUCUCAGUGGUAACUCAGGCAGCGCAGCAAAGAGCACCCCAAACCCACCUGCUGCAUCUACCAAGUACGACGUCUUCAAGCAGCUCUCCUUAGAAGGAGCUGGACUGGGUGUUGAAGAAUUAAAAGAUAGCACUCCUUCUGGAAAAAGCGAUGAUGAUUUUGCUGACUUUCACUCCAAUAAAUUUUCAUCUGUGAACUCGGACAAAUCACUGGGGGAGAAAGCGGUGGCUUUUCGCCACACCAAAGAAGACUCGGCUUCGGUGAAGUCCUUAGACCUCCCUUCCAUUGGCGGCAGCAGCGUGGGCAAGGAGGACUCUGAAGAUGCGCUCUCUGUUCAGUUUGACAUGAAACUGGCUGAUGUGGGAGGAGAUCUUAAGCAUGUCAUGUCUGAUAGCUCUUUGGAUUUACCAACAGUUAGUGGCCAACACCCUCCUGCUGCAGAUAUAGAGGACUUAAAAUAUGCCACUUUUGGAAGCAGCAGUAGCAAUUUUGCAGUGAGCACACUUACAAGCUAUGACUGGUCAGACAGGGACGAUGCAUCUCAGGGCAGAAAACUCUCUCCAUUUGUCCUCUCAGCAGGAAGUGAGUCCUCUUCCUCAGUCACCUCAGUAAUUCAAAAGAAAGAGGCAUCCUUUGGCAGUUCUGAAAACAUCACCAUGUCGCCUUUCUCCAAAGUAACGACCUUUGUGAAUGACAGUGCUCUUCCAGAGACUCCCUUCCCAGCAUUUGCCAGCUUUAAAGACGUGGUUCCUCAGACCAGUGAGCAAAAGGAAUAUGAAAGCGUGGACUACCAAGAUUUCACAAGACAGGACCUGUCCACGGCUGACCGGAGCCAAGAGGCCUCGUGUGCAAGCCCCGCUUCCAGUGGUGCCUCUCACGAAACCCCCAAAGAAUGUUCAGACGACUUUGGAGAGUUUCAAAGUGAAAAGCCCAAAAUCAGCAAAUUUGACUUUUUAGUUGCUAAUUCACAAAGCAAAAUGAAAUCCAGUGAAGAAAUGAUCAAAAGUGAACUCGCAACCUUCGAUCUUUCUGUUCAAGGAACACACAAGAGGAGUUUGAGCCUCGGGGAUAAAGAAAUCAGCCGUUCCUCUCCAUCUUCAGCUCUGGAGCAGCCUUUCAGAGACCGCUCCAACACUCUGAGCGAAAAGCCCGCUCUGCCUGUCAUCCGCGACAAGUACAAAGACCUGACCGGCGAGGUGGAGGAAAAUGAGAGGUAUGCAUAUGAAUGGCAGAGAUGUCUGGGGAGUGCCCUGGAUGUCAUUAAGAAGGCAAAUGACACCUUAAAUGGAAUUAGUAGUAGUGCUGUUUGCACAGAAGUUAUUCAGUCAGCUCAGGGCAUGGAAUAUUUACUAGGUGUUGUGGAAGUGUACCGAGUCACCAAACGUGUGGAACUGGGGAUCAAAGCCACUGCUGUGUGCAGUGAGAAACUCCAGCAGCUGCUGAAAGAUAUUGAUAAAGUGUGGAAUAACCUCAUCGGCUUCAUGUCACUCGCCACACUCACAACUUCCAGGUUCCCAGGCUCUGCGACUGCUCGUGUGAAGGAUUUGGCUUGCUGGCUCUGCUUGCCUCUCCAGCCCUGUGUGAAUCCAGAUGAAAAUUCGCUGGAUUUCUCUUCCUGUAUGCUGCGGCCUGGGAUCAAAAAUGCUCAGGAGCUUGCUUGUGGGGUGUGCCUCUUAAAUGUGGACUCCAGGAGCCGGAAAGAAGAGAAGCCUACAGAAGAACAUCCUAAAAAAGCAUUCAACUCAGAAACAGACAGUUUCAAGCUGGCCUACGGAGGGCACCAGUAUCAUGCCAGCUGUGCCAACUUCUGGAUCAACUGUGUUGAACCCAAGCCUCCUGGCCUCAUCCUGCCUGAUUUGCUAUGAAAAGCUCCCAUGGGAAGCAUCAGCUGAUUUUUUUUUUUUCUGUCAUGUUCCCUGGGGUGGCAGGGAUCAAUAAACAGAAUGAGUACUGCAAGGUUUCCCUUCCAUGAAUCUAUCUGAAGAAUUCCCCAAGAGGUAGGGUGGAAAAUGCAGUCAAGUUUCCCAGUGGACCCCCUCCUUUGUCCUAAGUUCCACUGCCUACCUUUGGGACUUGAAAUUGUCACCCAAACUGUAUGUGGCACCAGCCAUUGGAUCACUUAUCUCUCGCUCUCUCUUUCUUGGAUUUUGUUAUUUUGUUUGUUUUUGAGAUAGGGUCUUAAAUACAUAGGCCUGGCUGACCUUGAACUUUCAGUGAUCUUCCUGCCUCUGACUCCCAAGCAAAGGGAUACACAGCUUUCUGUAAGGAAUAAUUUAUUGCUGCAAUGCUGGAACUGUGAAGAAUUACCAUUUGAAGAAAAUUAGUUCAUUAUUAUAGAACUAGAAUCAGUAAGACUUUGGAGCCAGUGCUUGCUUAUGUCUAGAGCAUAAAUGUCCUGUGAAGUACAGUGCAUGUCUCUGCAUUCUAUUUGUAAGUGUCUGAAAUGAAUAAAAAGGAGAAAUGGUGAUCACCCUGAUGCUCUGCCUUGAUAAAGCAAAAGCAGUGAGGGCACAUGUGCCACCUACUGUCACCACUCAACCUCACUCAACCUCUUCUCUUUUCCUCAAACCGUCAACUCCCAAGGAGAUUCUCCCAUGCCAUGGCCAGGCCUUUCGCAGUGGAGGAGCUCCACACCCCAUGUAUCCAUAUCCAUCUCCUCGUCUCCUUUGGAGCCUUUGUCUCAUACUAAAAGUGUCACAAAGCAUAGUGUUGUUCCAGAAAAGAUCUGGAAAGGCUGCACAUGAUAUCACAUUGCAGUGACCUCUUUCCAUGCUUCCUAAGAUGACUGCAUAAGGACCAGCACUGCAGGAUUUUGCAGCAUCCAUGAGGGAAGCCUGACAAUGACCCCAGGGCAGACAGUGGAGCUCUCGGCCUGUGUUCACCAAACUCAUGGGAGGAAGCUGUUGAGUUUUAGAGGGAAAAGUUUCAUGCUGUCUGGUGUAGGAAUGCAUAAAAUACAGGAAACAAAUGUAAACUGGUUAAGGAGUGUCAUUCCUAGGAAAACCAGACCAGUCUCCGACCACCUGUUUCCCUGACUUGUUGGUUUUGUGCCUUAUGAAAGGAUUUCGAAUCUUAUGACCUCCGCGCUCUGACCUAAUCUAAAUAGUUGCUUUGUUUAAGUGCUGCUUUUACAUAAUUCAUUAUUUUCCCCUUUCAGGACAAACUUGAGAGCAUUCUGUGUUGUUCCAUCAUCCACCUAUACAUUUUCUCCUAGGAAGGCGGAGGUCAUUAACUGUUGAUGCAACCUCACCUCAUUGUCCACCCGAGCUCACAGAGAAUUGUUGCUGCAAUGAGUCUGUUUUUCUCAUUUGCUCUAGGUGACAUCAUCCCCAGCUGCUAAUGACCAAAACAGCUGUCGAGUGAUUACCACAGCGUUUUUCCCUGUCUAGGGCUAGUGGAGUAUAACCACACAAGGGCGCCAGUUUUCAGCAAGCUCUUCCGAGGACAAGCACCAGUGUUCCGCUGCGGCCCGGGACAACAGGCAGGCUUCCAGCCGGUCUUCUAAAUCACUCCCGCACAGAACUAGGCAAUAGGAUCUACAGUAGCAAAAUAAUGUUUCCCAGGGGCUGGUUAAGGCGCAUGCCUGCGAAGCCUAAGGACCUCAGUUUGAUUCUCCGGGUCCCACGUAAGCCAGAUGCACACGGUGACUCAUGCAUCUAGAGUUCUGGAAUUUGUUUGCAGUGGCUAGAGGCCCUCGAACACCCAUUCUCACUCUCUGUCUGUCUGCCUCCCUCUCUGUGUCUCUAAUAAAUAAAUAAAAACAAAAUCUUAAACAAACAAACAAAAAAAAAUAGAACGUUUCCCAUGCUAUCUAUUUUGUCACAAUGGCCAAUGUCAAUGACUUUUAAGUGUUUGGUUUCCAUUUCAAGAUUUAUUCCAGAAUGCCUCAGGAAACCAGAUAAAAUUCCUAAGUAUAAUUACAGCUGCCCUUACCAAGUAUGACAGGUUUGAUCACUCCUUGGGAGGUAAAUUUAGUAAACAUGGACAAAAAGCCUUUGUAGUGGAAAGUAUUCACUGCUUUUUUGAGUAUUUCUCUAAUACUUAAAAUGUUUAGGUCAGUACCUCCACUAAGGACUUGAGUGUAGAUAGCAUCUUGCUGACUUUUAAAAAAAUAUUUUAUUUGACAGAAAAAGAGGGAGAGACAGAACGGGUGUGGCAGGGCCUCCAGCCGCUGCAAACGAACUCCAGACCCAUGCACCCACUUGUGCAUCUGGCUAACGUAGGUCCUGGGGAAUCCAACCAGGAUCCUUUGGCUUUGCAGGCAAAUGCCUUAACCGCUAAGCCAUCCCUCCAGCCCAUUGCUGAUUUUAUUUACAUGCAUUUAUUAAAAUGACUCAAUAUGGCAUUCAGCUUCACCUUAGGUUUUUCUUUUGUUAGCCUAGUGUCCUUGGAAACAGUAACCAAGGUUACCUAUUUCCAUACUGUGUAUUGUGUCAAGCAGCUUCACCCUGCUGUUUAAAUGGCGAUUAACAAGCACUUUUCUUUUCUGGUGUUGUGCUUUCCCUUUAAAAAGUCUCUUGGUUCAUGUGUAAUCUGAUUUGUGCCUGGACAUGCUUGUUAUCAAGAGGUUCAAGGUGUAUGAGGAUGGGACCUGUGCUACUUUUCCUGUGUCCAGUCAUUAGUACUCUGUGUUGUACAUUUUAAAAUAAUAUUUUGUGUUGAUACAUAGAUUUUGAAUGUUUGACUUAUUUUAUUUAUUUGACAGAGAGAGAAUGGGCAGACCAGGGCCUCCAGCCACUGCAAACAAACUCCAGAUGCAUGCGCCACCUUGUGCAUCUGGUUUAUAUGGA